CGGGAGCCACGUCUGUCCCGGUCGGGGACUGAGCCGCUAUUGGCGUCCGGGCCGCGAUCCGGGGGCUGCUGGGAAGAUGGCGGACUCGGUGGCCCGCCGAUGAGGAAGCCGCGGAGGGAGCCCGGCUCCCGGGCCCCGAGACCGACUGAGGGAGCGACCUGCGCGGGGCCUGGGGAGUCAUGGUCUCCAACACCAAACUCCAUGCUUCGAGUCCUGCUCUCUGCCCAGGCCUCUGCUGCUCGGCUCUCUGGCCUGCUGCUGCUCCCGCCAGUACAGCCCUGUUGUCUGGGGCCCGGCAAGUGGGGGGACUGGCCUCCUGGAGGAGGCCUCCACGCAGGCCCCGUGCAGGGGCUACAGCGGCUUCUGGAACAGGCGAGGAGCCCCGGGGAGCUGCUGCGCUGGCUGGGCCAGAACCCCACCAAGGUGCGCGCCCAUCACUACCCCGUGGCACUUCGUCGUCUGGGCCAGCUCUUGGGGUCUCAGCCACGGCCCCCUCCUGUGGAGCAGGCCACACUACAGGACUUGAGUCAGCUCAUCAUCCGAAACUGCCCCUCCUUUGACAUUCACACCAUCCACGUGUGUCUGCACCUUGCAGUCUUACUUGGCUUCCCAUCAGAUGGGCCCUUGAUGUGUGCCCUGGAGCAGGAGAGAAGGUUCCGCCUCCCUCCGAAGCCAACUCCCUCUCUGCAACCUGUCCUUCGCGGUGGGCAAAGAUUGGAAGCUGCUCUGAGCCGCCCUCGUUUCCUGAGGCAUCCGCGGCAGCAUCUCAUCCGCAGCCUGGCAGAGGCCAGGCCGGAGGAACUGACACCCCACGUGAUGGUGCUCCUGGCCCAGCACCUGGCCCGGCACCGGUUGCGGGAGCCCCAGCUUCUGGAAGCCAUUGCCCAUUUCCUGGUGGUCCAGGAAAUGCAGCUCAGCAGCAAGGUGGUACAGAAGUUGGUCCUGCCCUUUGGGCGGCUGAACUACUUGCCCCUGGAACAGCAGUUUAUGCCCUGCCUUGAGAGGAUCCUGGCUCGGGAAGCAGGGGUGGCUCCCCUGGCUACUGUCAACAUCUUGAUGUCACUGUGCCAGCUGCGGUGCCUGCCCUUCAGGGCCCUGCACUUUGUCUUUUCCCCAGGAUUCAUCAACCACAUCAGUGGCACCCCUCACGCCCUGAUUGUGCGGCGCUACCUCUCCCUGCUGGACGCAGCCGUGGAGCUGGAACUUCCAGGAUACCGGGGUCCCCGCCUUCCCCGAAGGCAGCAAGUGCCCAUCUUCCCCCAGCCACUCAUCACUGACCGUGCCCGCUGCAAGUACAGUCACAAGGAUAUAGUGGCGGAGGGGCUGCGCCAGCUGCUGGGGGAAGAGAAGUACCGGCAGGACCUGACCGUGCCUCCAGGCUACUGCACAGACUUCCUGUUGUGUGUCAGCAGCUCUGGUGCCGUGCUGCCUGUGAGGACCCAGGACCCCUUCCUACCAUACCCUCCCAGGUCCUGUCCCCAGGGCCAGGCUGCCUCUCAGCCCACGACCCACGACCCGGCCCAAAGGGUGGUGCUGAUGCUGCGGGAACGCUGGCAUUUCUGCCGCGACGGCCGAGUGCUGCUGGGCUCGCGGGCCCUACGGGAGCGGCACCUGGGCCUGAUGGGCUACCAGCUCCUGCCGCUGCCCUUCGAGGAACUGGAGUCACAGAGAGGCCUGCCCCAGCUCAAGAGCUACCUGAGGCAGAAGCUCCAGGCCUUGGGCCUCCGCUGGGGGCCUGAAGGGGGAUUCGGGUGAGCACCACCAUGCGGAGCGGCACUGUGAGGAUGAGGAUGAAGGGGAAGGCCAGGGAGGCGGCUGUGGACAUGACCGCCCAGAGCAAGGCCAAGCA